AUGGAUCCAAAACCAAAGAAGGGGUUUGCUGCUUGGCGCGAAGAGCUUCGAUUGAUGAUGGCCGAUUUUUUAAAAAGUUCACGAACAAAAUUUUCGGAGAACUUCGUGACCUUUACACCGGUAUCAUAUUUCGAAAGUGUUCGAAGUGAAAACGGUGAUAUCCUAUCUGGUGUUUGUUUUGUUGGACAAUUGGAUACCCAUUCAUUAGGUGUAUUUUUAAUACUACCAUUAUGUAUUUAUUUAUCAAUUGGUGCAUUGUUCCUAUUGGCUGGUUUUGUAUCAUUAUUUCGUAUACGUACUGUUAUGAAAACAGAUGGUAAACGUACUGAUAAAUUAGAACGUUUAAUGUUAAGAAUUGGUUUCUUUAGUGGUCUUUUUAUAUUACCAGCAUUAGGUUAUUUAGGAUGUUUAUUUUAUGAAUAUUAUAAUUUUGAUGAAUGGAUGAUACAAUGGAAUCGUGAUAUGUGUAAAGUAUUUUCAAUACCAUGUCCACUGCCAAGUAAAAAUGGUGAUACACCAAGACCAAUAUUUCAAAUAUAUAUGGCUAAAUAUUUAUGUUCAAUGUUAGUUGGUGUUACAUCAAGUGUAUGGUUAUAUUCUGGUAAAACAGUAAUAAGUUGGAGAAAUUUUAUUGAAAGACUGCAAGGUAAAGAGCCAAGAACAAGAGGGCAAGCAUAUGUUUAG